GAUCAGGCAGCUCCGCGGACACCUAUCUUCACACCAAUUACCCAGCAUUCCCUUCGGCUGGCCUUUCCUUCCAUCUACGCGGAACAAGAACAGGUGAAUCCACCUGAGGAGAACCACGAUGCCUGGAAGACUGUGGAGUAAGGCCAUCUUCACCGGCUACAAGCGCGGCCUGAGGAACCAGCGCGAGCACACGGCGCUGCUGAAGCUGGAGGGCUGCUACAGCCGGGACCAGGUGGACUUCUACCUGGGCAAACGCUGCGCCUACGUCUACAAGGCCAAGAAGAACACAGUCACACCCGGUGGAAAACCCAACAAGACCCGGGUCAUUUGGGGCAAAGUGACGCGGGCUCAUGGAAACAGUGGGAUGGUCCGGGCCAAGUUCAGCAGUAACCUGCCAGCCAAAGCCAUCGGACACCGGAUCAGAGUGAUGCUGUACCCUUCCCGGGUGUGAUGAGGAUCGAUCAUCAGGAUGUUUGUACAGAAAUAUUAAACUGAUCAAUAAACUGA